AUGAACAAGAUCUCCGCUGCGAAGAAGGCACCUAAACUACAUCAGCGUUUAGUGGACGGGUGCGCGGACACCAGCCAGUUCCGCUUGACGUGGAAGCAAUCGUGGGGGAACAGCAGCUACGCGACCACCUCGCGCCUUGCAGGAAUCAAUGGCACCGAGAGCAGCUUUGCGGUGACCCCAGAAGCUCAACAGGAGCUCGACAGCGCCUCUGCCGCAGCUUCGAGCCGGAGCGUCGCGCAAGUUCGUCAGCGGUCGAGUGCAAGGGGACACAGAGCUCCGCGGGUUAGUGAGGAGCACCAAUCACUAGCCCCACCCACGCUUCAACCGACUCCCGUGCGGCCCACAUUCCUGUCACCACUCCUUCCCCCGACUGAGCACGCUCCCCAAAGGCGCGCACAGUUGUACGGCAGGAGUGGUCUCCAGUCACCGUUACAGCUGCAAGGAGCGGAGCGACCCAGCGCACCAGCGACGAACUACUCCUUCACGACAGCGGCGACGUCUUCGUGGCAGGGAGAACAGCACUUGGGAAGCGCCCCUACCCUUCAGCAGUCCCAGACCUUGCUCUCGCCCAACUGGGUCCCCUCCUCCUCUUCACGACGCACUCACGACCCCCUUCUCUCACCACGCCCAGCCCACCCUCACAGACACUCGACGGGAUCGCUACCGCCCACCGGAAGCGCACACCCAGACUCCGUCCCCUCGAACGCAUCGCGGGCCACCGCGGCCGCGUCACGACAUCGGCGCGUCGCAUCGCAUGGGCCAUAUCUUCCGAGGCAGCCAGGAAGGACGCACCACACACGCGAUGCGCAGUGGGCCUCACCCGCCGAGACGCAGUUUCCCAGCCCUGCAUACCUCCAACCCGCGCCAAUGGACUACGAGACGGGGGCGAUGUAUGGCUAUCAAUCGCCGUACCAUAUCCCGUCUCCAGCCACCCCUCUCUCAGCCCCUGCCAGCGACUAUUGUCCCAGCCCGUACCCUACUUCCUCGGGCUCAUCAACGGGAUGGUCGCCACCUGAGGCAGCGCUCACUGGCCUCGACGUGUUCCCUACGCUGUCGCUCGCGCCAGACCACGGGCCGCCGACGUGGAGCGUCGAGGGAGACAUAGUAGCAUACCGCUGCAGCGUGCACCCCACCGGCGCCGCAUUGGGUGGAAUGCCAAAGCCAGACCCGGAGGCUGGUCUAAGGGAGCUGAUCGUGAGCGCGCAAGAAUGGUGGGCCGACAAGGUGGCAACGGACGCAUCGCUGAACGUUGCGGAAAACCCACUUCGUCUCCGGGACACACUCUCCGCAGACUACCUAACGGUAGGCCGGUUCGAAGGAGGACACGUCGCUGCUCCGCAGGUACUGCCUGCGUAUGAGCCUACACGCGGCACGGAAACGAGCACUACGCAGCGCACUGACCUGCUAUGGGACGGCGAGCUUGGAGAGUUGACUGGUCCUACAACAGACUGGCUCAACUUCCCAGACUCGCAGCGUUAUCUCGAAGACACGCACGUUUCCACCGCCGGACCGUCUCAGCUUGCGGACUCCAGCCCCAGCCUCAUCUUCCUGCCUCUGGGGGCGGAUACAGGGUUCGAGGACGGGGCGUCAUACUGGCUCCCCGACGCGUUCUCAAGAGAACUGUGUGGAGGGUGGCAAGCGGACGACCAGAAUCAGUCGUUCUGCGAUGUGUCCAUCUACCGUAUACAAUCCCUUGCCCUCAUCCAAGUCUUAGCCCCGGCCGAGUACAGCGACACAUACAUUUGGGGAAGUCAUGAACAGCACUGUACGGUCACAAACUGUUUUAGGGUUUCAAAUCCAUUCCAAGAGACGGAUAUCGGAGGACUGCUCGCGGCAACUGCCGACAACCCUCGCGUCCAGCCACCGACCUCCAGGCGCCUCCGACCUCCAAGCUCCAGGGCUCCGGAGCUCCAGCCAAUUUUGAACGCACCUAUUGUACUGCCUGCGCCACCGCCCUCCUCGCGCGCGGUCACCGCCCAUUCCACGCUCCGCUCGUCCCAGGUCACAACCACUUUGGCGGGCGCGGUCACCGCCCUUUCCCCCUCGGACAUGCCCGGAGCCCUCCUUCUCAGCCACACGUGA